AUGGCCCUCCUCCAUAACAUCUGCCCUGGGGUUGAUGACAUCAUGACCCCGGAGGAUGAGUACGAGGAGGAUCAGGAUGUUGCAGAGGAUGAGGGGGAGAGUGGUUUGGAGACAGUGGUGCUCCCAGCCAAGAUCAAGUUGUCCCACUCUGAGCAAAAAGAACUACUCGACCACCUUCUUGACAUAGCUAGCGCCCCAAGUGAAUCAGCUUGUGAUAGGGAGGUUGAAAGACUGAAGGAAAGCAAAGUUUACAAAUCCCUUGAAGUCAGAAAUUACGUUGAUAGAAGGUGGUUAUGUGUUCGGGAGGUGAGAACCUACUUGUAUCAAGGUAAUGUUUUUGUUGUUGGUUUCCAGAGGUGGUGUAGGGCCUAUGCACCGCAUGGAUUCUCUGUGGCAGUCACCACCAACAAUGGAGUUGAGGCGCUCAAUAAAUCACUGAAAAGCUUCUACCUCAAAUUUUCUGCCACAGGAAGUCUUUCAUCUAUGCUUGAAACUCUAGUAUGUGAGUUUGUCCCAGAGCAGUUGCUGUCAUACAGUAGACUCAACUUCAUCUACAGUAGUGAAUGCAAGACUUACAAUCCAGCUGUUCCAGCAUUCCUGAAAGAUAGACCCAGAAGUUUUGUCAAACAUUGCUUGAACAGUAUCAAGGCAGCUUCCAGCUAUUCCAAAGAGCACAUAGAGGUGCUUGGAAAGGAAUCUUUUAAGGUCAAGAGUGAGACAACUUCUGCAUGGUACAAAGUAGAACUUGGUAACUCUGAAAAAUAUCCGUCAUGUGAAUGUGUUCUCUUCAAAACCACAUUCUUACCAUGCAAGCAUUUCUUUGCCAUUUUUAGGCACACUGAGAAAACAUGGGUUGACCUUAGCCCAGAGUACCGUCAAAGCCCAUAUUUAACUCUGGAUUUCAAUGUUGCUUUAACAGAAGAUCCCCAGAGUAAUGAAAUCAGCACUCAAGAAGAUCUCUCCUCUGAAGUUUUUGAUGGUCCUGUACCAUGCACGGGGAAGCAGACAUACAGUAGUGAGUCACAGUCAUCACAAGUAGCAGUCGAUCAGCGCCAUCUCCGCGAACAGCUCAAGACUUUGCAUGACAUAUCGUAUAUUUGCACUGAUAAAGAAGCUAUAAAGAAUGCUUCCAGAGUUGUUAAUGGUCUUUGUGAGACCCUGAAAUCCCGUUUACCCAAGGAAGAUGGCCUGGUUCUCCAGGAGCAAGAAUCUGUCAAGAAAAACCUUAGAGCUUUACCAAGUCGCUUGAAGAAAGUCAAAGCAAAAACAUCCAGGAAACGGAAAAUAGUGCCAGUAGAUGCAAAUGAAGAGGAUGCAAAUCUCCAUAAAAAGACAAAAACAGUAAUCCCAGAAUCCCAGAGGACAGAAUACACAGAAAUAAACAAGAGCUCUGUUCAGGCACGUGCUGCGGAUCUCUCCAGAGAAGAAGUGACGAAAGCAACCACAAUGACACACGGUGACAGAUGUUCUCAUGUGUACCAUAGUGAACACUUACCCAGGCUGACAGAGGACAUGGCAUCUGAGGUGAAGGAUAUUCUGGCACUACAAAACCCAAACCUGGUGAUCAGCACAGCCUUCAAACUGUGUAUUACACAGAGUGACUUGGCUACACUGAAGGAGGGUUGCUGGCUUAAUGACAAGGUAAGAGUUAGAAAAAUAAAUUGACUGUUUACUUUACUU